CUCCCAUGACACCUUGCGGCGUGCACAUCAACAUGGCGGCGACUAACGCACUAAUUACAUACAUACUUGUGUUUUCUCUCUAACGAAAUGUGUGCCUUUACGAGUUUUGUUAGAUGAUAACUAGCUGUUCUUACUGCUAAAACCAUUAGCUCGGGGUAUUGUACUGAAUAAUAGAGCAAUUCUCUCAGAGAAGCUGUUAGCCAAAGCGCGGGAAACUCGAAAAGUGUUGUUGAGAUGAGAUUGCUUGAAUAUCGUCUGCUUUUAUAACUCUUGGACGAUGAGGGUGCUUAACGUCGCAGAGAAAAACGAUGCGGCUAAGGAACUGUCACGAAUCAUGUCUCGUGGGCAAUGUACUAGGCGUGAAGGACAAUCCAGAUUUAAUAAGAUCUAUGAAUUCAACUUUAACAUUCUGAAUGCUAAUGCAAGAAUGGUUAUGACCUCAGUGUCAGGGCAUCUAAUGAGCCUUGAAUUUGCCAUCGCUUAUAGAAAAUGGAGUAGCUGCAGCCCUCUGUCUCUGUUUGAUGCUCCUGUAGUCAAGAAUGUUGGUGAAGACUACUUACCAAUUAAGAAAACGCUUGAGUGUGAAGUACGUGGUUCCCAAGCUCUUAUCAUCUGGACGGACUGUGAUCGUGAGGGAGAGAAUAUUGGACAUGAGAUCAUUGACGUAUGCACUAAAGUUUGCCCAAGAAUCAAAGUUUACCGGGCAAGAUUCUCUGAAAUCACGCCACAAUCCGUGCAGAGGGCUUGUGCUAACCUUGUGGCCCCAGACAGACUCCAGUCAGAAGCGGUGGAUGUCAGGAUGGAGUUGGACCUGAGGAUAGGUGCAGCCUUCACAAGAUUCCAGACACUGCGUCUACAGAAAGUCUUUCCUGGUUUCCUUAGCGACCAGCUCAUCAGCUAUGGCAGCUGCCAAUUCCCAACGCUUGGAUUCGUAGUUGAGAGGUAUAAACAGGUUCAACAGUUUGUGCCGGAACAGUUCUUCAAAAUCAAAGUUUCCCAUGAGACACCAGAUGGUCAAGUAGACUUUGUCUGGAAAAGAGGCCGGUUAUUCCAUCGAUUGCCUUGUCUUAUCCUCUACCAAAUGUGUCUAGAGAGCCCUACUGCUAAGGUGCUGAGUACAUCUUCGCGGCCGAAAAGCAAGUGGCGACCACUACCACUGGACACUGUGGAGCUUGAGAAGCUUGCAUCACGGAAGCUUCAUAUCAAUGCAAAAGAAACCAUGAAGAUUGCAGAGAAGCUCUACACACAAGGGUUUAUUAGUUAUCCUCGAACAGAGACCAAUAUGUUUCCAUCCUCGCUUAACCUGGCUGAACUGGUGGAGAAGCAAGUCCAGGAUGCAAACUGGGGAGGGUUUGCAAGCGAUGUGUUAGCUAAUGGACCAAAUCCUCGUCAAGGAUCCAAGACAGAUAAUGCUCAUCCCCCAAUCCAUCCCACACAAUACACUAAUAACUUACAGGGUAAUGACAAGAGACUGUAUGAGUUCAUUGUGCGCCAUUUCCUGGCAUGCUGUUCUCAGGAUGCGCAAGGACGGGAGACAAGUGUGGAGAUUGAUAUCGCUGGUGAAAAAUUCACUGCAACAGGCCUGAUGAUUACAGCUCGUAACUAUCUUGAUGUGUACCCUUAUGACAGGUGGAGCACAAAGGUCAUCCCGGUUUAUGAAACAAACGAAGAGUUCCAGCCAACAUCCAUUGAGAUGGUUGAUGGGGAGACCACCCCUCCCCCUCUCCUGACGGAGGCAGACCUAAUUGCACUGAUGGAAAAACAUGGAAUAGGCACUGACGCCACCCAUGCAGACCACAUAGAAACCAUCAAGAGCCGCUCAUAUGUCGGUGUGCAAGGAGAUGGCACGUUUCUACCAGGACAACUUGGAAUGGGACUUGUGGAAGGCUAUGAUCUUAUGCACUUUGAGUUUUCCAAGCCAAAACUUCGCUCUGGACUUGAAGCAGAUUUGAAGAGAAUUUGUGAUGGAACGAAAAGUGGUGCAGUCGUGCUUCGUGAACAAAUUGCCAAAUACAAAGAGAACUUCAUCCAAGCGGCGCAAGAGGCGAUAAAGCUUGACCAAGCGUUGUCCAACUACUUUGGUGACCCAGCGGAUUUUAUCGAACAAGAGCUUGAUCCAUUAGCUGCUGAUCCGAUAGUUCGGCCUUGUCCGAGAUGCGAACAGCACCAAAUGACACUACGGAAAACCAAGGAGGGAAGAACUGACUGCGCCCGUCACACCAGAGAAAUACGAAAAAACUAUAUGAUAGGCUGCCAGGGUUUCCCACAAUGCCGUGCGUCCAUCUUCCUUCCCAAGUCUGUUCUUGCACUAACUGUGGACGAGUCUGUGUGUCCUGUGUGCCGACCGCGAGAUGUGCACAUGCUUAGAUUCACAUUCAAGAGAGGCUCCGUACCACCCAUGACUCCAUUACAGUACGUUGGGUGCAUCGGCGGGUGUGAUGAGAUGCUUACGGAAACCCUCGAUAUCAAGGACAUUAGCCGUGUUGUGCAGAACAACAGACAGAUGCAGCAAGUUAGAGGUAAUACAAGAGGGUCACAACCUUCGCGAGGUCAGAGUAGGGGGCGAAGCCAGUCAAGCCAGUUUGGAGCAAGUCAAACCAGUGCCUCAGGACGAGGCAGGGGGAGAGGAACCCGCACAACCGGAUCAAACCAGUCAAGCCGGUUUAAUGCUAGUCAAACUAGUCCACUUACUGAUGGAUUCAGUGGAAAUGUUUCAUGGGGACAGAAUACAAACCGGUUUGGUUCUUCUCAGACCAAUUCGUCCAGUUCUGCUGGGAAUUUGAGUACAACAGUCGACUCAGGGAUGUUUUCACCGAAUGGGAUGUCUUCAUUCAACUCAAAUAACAAUGACGAAAAUGCUAUUGUGUGUACCUGUGGUAACGCUGCUAUUCAACUGACGGUCAGGAAGGACGGUCCCAAUCAAGGCCGUCAGUUCUACAAAUGUUCCCAGCGGGAAGGCGGCUGCGAUUUCUUCCUUUGGGCAGACGCUAACGGACCGUUACCCAGCACUCCUCGACCAACCCUGUGGUCCUCGACCAAUGGAUCAUCUUCUUGGAAUGAUUCAGGUUUCGGUGGUUCUGGUGGAAACUCACAAAGCAUCGGUGAUGAACUUGUGUGUAACUGUCGGCAGCCAGCUGUAAGCCGAACUGUCAACAAAGAUGGUCCAAACAAGGGUCGCCCCUUCUACUCCUGCAGUAAACCGAUCGGCCAAAGCUGUGGCUUCUUCAAAUGGGCCGACCAGGACGAGGACGGGACAGGGCGUGGCAUGUCACGAGGGGGCAGUAGAGGGGGGACAGGCGGAGCGGCCCGGGGAGGCGCUGGAGGAGGCGGAAGGAAGAGGAAACGAUGCGGGAAUUGUCACCAGGAAGGUCACACCAAGAGAACAUGUCCCGUGAAUCGGUGACCCAAGAUUUUAAAGUUGUAUAGAAUUGAAACAUGUAUGUGUAUUACAGAUGUAUAUAUAUGCAAAUAUACUACUCUAAUCGAC